GGGGUAAAAUCGCCAACUGGUCUUUCUCGAUCUCUGUGGGAACCGAACCAUCUAUCGACUCUCGCGAGCUCUCUUGUCUCCUCUGCUGCGAUCUCUCUCCUCUUCUCUCUAUCAGCGCACCAAAUUGUGAGACUUUUGGCGGGAAAAAUGUCGGGGAAAGGAGCUAAAGGAUUGAUAAUGGGGAAACCCAGCGGUAGCGAGAAGGAUAAGGACAAGAAGAAACAACCCAUCACCCGUUCUGCUCGAGCUGGUCUUCAGUUCCCUGUAGGAAGGGUGCAUAGGCUGUUGAAGACAAGGUCCACUGCUCACGGGAGGGUCGGAGCAACUGCAGCUGUUUACACCGCAGCGAUACUUGAGUAUCUGACCGCAGAAGUUUUGGAGUUGGCUGGUAACGCUAGCAAGGAUCUCAAGGUGAAACGUAUCUCCCCGAGGCACUUGCAGCUAGCGAUUCGUGGAGAUGAAGAGCUCGAUACUCUCAUCAAAGGAACUAUAGCUGGUGGUGGUGUUAUCCCUCACAUCCACAAGUCUCUCAUCAACAAAUCCGCCAAGGAAUAAUAGAUUCUUAACCACUCGCCCUUACUUCUCUGUUUCUUUUAAGUAUCUCUCUCGAGAGAGAGUCUGUGUUUGAUAAAAGAAGAGACGCUAGUGAGAGAGCUCUUUGUUUAGGAUGGAUCUCUUUGUGUUAUGCCUAUGUAUUUGAUGAUUAUCUAAAACUCAUUUUCUGACUAGAAGCUUGUAAGCAAAUCAGUGGGUAAAGAUUUGUGUGUUUUCUCUGAA